CCGCCUGCUCUGCCGCGAUGGUCGCCACCCUGUUGCAGCCAACCGCAAACGCACAAUCUCUCUCUAUCUAACUCUUCCUCCUAUUUCGGCGGUGAUCACCGGCGUCAGGAGUGUUGUCUUGUGGGGAAGAAGCGAGAUGUUUCAGAUAAUUAUGUCAAUUGCUUGGUCAGUUCUAAAUUAAUCUUUGAAGUGAUUCUCAGAGCUUGUCCCCAUUGUUAUUGUUAAGACCAAUGACUAGUGGGUUCUGCAGUUUGUUGAAACAAAUUCAAUAUCGGAAAGCCCACUGAUCAAAAUCAAAUUAUGUGGAUUGCAAACAAGUAAGCAGCUGAGACUGUCAGAUAUACUGAAGUUUAUAUAGCUUUUUUUGGAGGUUAUCCAUAUUCAGAUUCCAAUUUUACUGCAGAUAGAUCCUGGUAUGGAGAAGAAUUCUUCAAGUUGCAGUUCAGGUCAAACACAGAUUAAGAUGCUAAUAGAAAAUGAGAUAUCAAAAGAAACAGUGUCAAAGCGGAAAUCACUUAGUGUUGUGGCCCAACUAAUGGGAAUUGAUGAUCCUGCACUAGCUCAACAACAUGUCCCCAUUUCUACUAAAAGGAAUAUGCAAGUGGAUUAUCCAUCAACUACCUUAGCAGGAGCACUGAAGGGUUGCCAUCAGCAAGAAGUCAUUUUAAAGUGUCAGCAAUGUGACUAUGACAAGAUGAAGGUCCAGGAUGCAUAUGAAGUAUCACAGAAACCUUCAAGAGCCAGUGGUAUCAAGGAUCUGUGGGGAAAUUGUAAUGAGAACCAGAACAAAAAUAAAAAGGCCUUUGUUCGCAAAAUAUUCAUGGAAGCAAAGCAUGUGACAAAAGAUGAAAAACUACUUCACUCCAAAGAGUUCCAAGAUGCCCUGGAGAUUCUCAGUUCAAACCGAGAUGUAUUUCUCAAAAUUCUUCAAGAUCCGGGUUCCCUUUUCCUGAAGAAUAUUAGAAAUGUCCAUAUGAGUCCACCACUUCAAAAAAAGCACAUUACUGUAUUGAAGCCUUCACAAAAGGUUGAGAAAAAGGAUGAGAAUCUGGUGAUGGAAGAGAAAUAUCCAUUGGUCAAUAAGUGUGAACGAGGAACAACCAAGCAAAUCUGUGACGAACAAUGUUGGAGCUCUAGUUUCACUAAAACAAAUGCUGAUAUUUUUUCCCUGCCAAGUAGGAUAGUGGUCCUAAAGCCUAGCACUAGAAAGCCCCGUGAAAAGAAAUCCAAGGUAACCCCUCCAACUACUUUAUGUAAAUUGCUGGAACAGAGUGGCUUUUUUGGAGAGUUGGGAGAUAGUGAAACCUUUGGAUCAACGUUUACAGCAAAGAAUUGCAGUCAGCAGGGACUGGAGAGUAUAACUGGCAAUUGGACAGAUAAAUCCUUGUGCUCUCCGGUCAGCGUGAAUGGGUGCAGAGAUGAGAGUUUAUUGAAUAAGCCAGAAAAUGUAAACACUGAAGAAGACGGUGGCAGCUUUAGUGACUCGGAGAUUUUGACUUCAACUUCACAGUAUUCUUGGGAAUAUACUAACAGAACUGGUAGUUCUUGCUCAGCCUUAACCUUUAGUCAGGAUUCAAAUUCACCCAAGUCAUCGGUUGUUAUGGAAGCGAAGAAGCAACUUUUAGAGAUAUGGGCUUCCAUGGCAUCUAAUGAGAAUAAUCAAGAACAGACACGAUUGCCAAGGUGCUCAUUCUCUUUAGGUGAAAUGCUUGCCAUUAAAGUGGUAAAGGAAGGUGAAUAUGGUGAUAAGUUUACUGUACCAAACAGAAAAUCAUGUGGUCAAGAAGCAGAACCAGAGUUAUCUACAUCCUGCAAGACCAAUGGAAAAAUAAAGAAUGUGCAAAGGGAGACCUCCCUUAUAAAUUUAUCUAGGUCAAAAUCUGUUCCCAUCUCAUCUUCUGUUUAUGAUCACAUUGAAUUGAAUAAGGAAUCUUCAGACUUUGGGAAAAACAAAUCUACGGAGACAAAGGAGAUAGCGAAGUCUAAGAAUGAAAAGUCAACUUUCAAAGAAAAAUUUUCAAAUUUUUUAUCUUCAAAGAUUAAGAAAACAAGCAGAGAAAACCCUGUUUCUCCUCCAUUGAUGGGCUCUGAUGACAAGGCCCAGUCUGGUAGUGCUGGUUUAGCUGCAAACAAAAAUGUUGAAUCAAUAAAUCCUCUCUAUAUGAACUUUCCUAUGACAAGUUCACUGGCAAAGUAUGAGGAAAGGUCUGGCAAUGCAGCUUAUCCAACACCAGUUAUUGUAGUAACAAAAAAAGCUUCUUUUUCUAUUGAGAAAGCCAAGACAUGCAAUAAUUCAUCGGGUGAGAUCAAAUUCAGGGACUAUGAGAGUUUAAAAAGCAACCAGGAUCAACCUAGUCCUACUUCAGUUCUUCAUGUGCCAUUUGUAGAUGAAACAAAUGACAACGUGUCCCGAUCAUCUGAAGCUAAUGCUGAUCCACAUGCUCUUCCUAGGCCUUCGACUAUCAAAUCAGUUGUUCGAUCCUUAUCAUGGGAGAAUGCCUACCUGGAUAAGCCAUCUCGAGAUCUUUCUAAAUGCAAUGGGGCAUCAUCCAAGGUUGACAACCAUGAACAAGAACAUUUUGUAUCUACCCGGAAGGUGCUCUCUUCUGGCUUAGAGAAGGCUACUAUGAUUUCUGCUGGAUGUCAACCUCUUGAUAGCCAAUUAGAUUCAGUGCCGCUCGCUAAAUUCCUUACUUGGGAAAAAGAGGAAGCUGAGCACAGGGAGAAAAGGACAAAGCAGCAUUUCCUCUUUGGCUCUGUGAACUCAGCAGGAGAAAUUGGUUCAACUGGUUUGACCACCUUACAAAGUGCAUACCCAUGGAAUAGGGGAUUUGGCAGGGAUCUAGGAAAUGUUUUUGCCAACUCUGCUGUAUCAGUAGAGGUAUGGAACCUAGUGAGGGAUUCAUUUUCUGUCAAAACAAUGUGGGCAACAGGUGAGGGCGGCAUUGACAAUCUAGUAUUUGAUAGAGCGCUGAUGAAAGUAAAAGGAGGACAGAGAUUAGCUGAGUCAAUGAGAUUAGAAGUGCAGGAGAUUGCCAAAGAGAUUAGUAGGGAUGUAUUGAAGGAUUUGGUUGGGGAGGCUUUGGCAGAUAUCAAUGCCUAAUGUGUUUGAUGAUUUCUCAAUGCUCCCUUCAAGUGUCAUGCCAUGCAUCUGUUAUUGUCUUUAGGCACAGUCAGUUACUUUGGUAUAUUUUAUUUUUCUUUGUGACUGAGGUAUGCUUCCACAAGCACUGAUGUUUGUACAUUGUGUUGAUGACUGCUGUAUUUAUCAGUGUAUCACUGAUGAGUUUUAUUUCA